CAAGAACACUUCCUGCGAAGCGGCCACACACAGCAUCAGGCCAUCAGCAGCAGCUAUGGAGAGUCACUGCCACUUCCUCCUGGUUACCUUCCCUGCCCAAGGCCACAUCAAUCCUGCCCUUCAGUUUGCCAAGCGCCUAACUCUUACCGGCGUGCAAGUCACCUUCGUCACCAGCGUCUCUGCCUUCCGGCUCAUGACAAACCUCCCAACUCAAGACGCUUUAACCUACUUCCCCUUCUCAGACGGCUACGACGAUGGCUGCAAAUCCUCCGACGACUUUGAUAACUUCAUGUCCGAGUUAAGGUGCCGCGGUUCACAAGCUCUCACCGAUUACGUCGAGUCCAGUGCUAAGGAACGCCGCCCUGUGACCUGCUUAAUAUACACCAUUCUCCUACCUUGGGCCGCUGAAGUGGCAAGUAACCUGGGUGUCCCCUCGGCGCUUCUCUGGAUCCAGCCUGCGGCUGUCCUCGACAUCUACUACUUCUACUUCAAUGGCUAUGGCGAUCUCAUGGCCAAUUUUAAGAACGAUCCCUUGUAUGCCAUAGAAUUACCAGGACUCCCACUGCUCACUGGCCGAGACGUUCCGUCCUUCUUUCUCCCUUCAAGUGCUUUCACCAGUACUGUCCUCUCUUUGUUCGAAGAACUCCUCCACAAGUUAUUUGAGCGGGAACCAAAGCCACGGGUGCUAGUGAACACUUUUGACGCCUUAGAACGGGAAGCACUGGGAGCAGUUGACAAGCUUAACAUGGUUGGAAUCGGACCCUUAAUUCCAUCUGCUUUCUUAGAUGGUAAAGAUCCAUCUGAUAAAUCCUUUGGGGGAGAUCUCUUCAAUUGUUCAGCGGACUACAUCAAAUGGCUGAACACAAAACCAGAGGGAUCGGUGGUUUAUGUAUCGUUUGGAACUGUAGCUAAUCUACAGCAGCAACAAAUGAAAGAGAUUGCACGUGGGUUGCUAGAUAGUCGCCGGCCGUUCUUGUGGGUCAUCCGAACACCACUGAUGAGUAGUGAAGCAAAAGAGAUAGGAACUGAAGCAAUAAUGGACAACAUCGAAGAAUUGAAGCGAGAAGGAAUGAUAGUAUCAUGGUGUUCGCAAGUGGAGGUUCUGUGCCACCCUUCAGUUGGGUGUUUCCUUACUCAUUGCGGAUGGAAUUCGACGUUGGAAGGUAUAGUUGCAGGCGUUCCAAUGGUGGGAUUCCCACAGUGGUCAGACCAAGGGACCAACGCUAAGCUGAUAGAAGAUGUUUGGAAGACGGGUGUGAGACUAAGGGUGAAGGAAGGAGGAGAAGGUGGAGAUCUAGUUGAUGCGGAGGAGAUUAAGAGGUGCUUGUGUAUGGUGAUGGAAGGAGAAACAGGGAAAGAGAUGAGAAAGAACGCCAAGAACUGGAGGGAUUUGUCUCUGGAAGCUGUGAAAGAGGGUGGUUCUACAGACAAGAAUCUACGGGCUUUCCUUGAGGAAAUUAGAGGUGGAGAUUAUUCCGUACUGUAGGCCUUUUCUUUAUUUGCCGGUCUGUUGCAGCUCAAGCAAGACUGUAAGUAUUUUUAAAUAUUCAGUUUUCACAACAAGGUAGACUACUUAAAAAAAAAGUGUCUUGAAGUUUAGGGUCGGGAUCCUGGGCCUUGUCUUUUGCUAUCGAUGCAAUGUAAUUUAGCCCAUUUAAGUGCUUGUUUGACAAUGUGAACCAGAAAUUGGUUGGUGUGAAUUGAUCUAGUGGCACCGAUUAUUCCACAUCACACUAUAAUUUAUAAGUAUUUUGAAUUGUGGAUA